GUGAGCAGGCAGCAGGCGUGGCUGCCCAGCACCCACCCAGACAUCAGACACCCUGUCUGCCCUUCUGCUUUUCUGAGACUAACAGGCUGCCGGGACGAUUUUUCCUGCUUGACAAAUGCCUGGCUCACUUCCAAGAGAAUCACCUUUCUUUGUGAAGAUGGAGCUGUCGCUUAAAACAGACUUCUGUGACCCUUUCAGCAAGUCCUGAAAGCUGCCGAGGGAAGCCAUGGAUGCGACUACUCCAGCCCACACUGUUGGCAUGGAGAUCUACCUAGGCCCCAUGUGGCCAGCCCCUUCCAACAGCACCUCCCUGACCCUCAACUUGUCCCUCCCGCUGCAGGAGGACACCCCGGGGAACCUCACUGGGGACCUCUCCGAGCACCAGCAGUACGUGAUCGCCCUCUUUCUCUCCUGCCUCUACACCAUCUUCCUCUUUCCCAUCGGCUUUGUGGGCAACAUCCUGAUCCUGGUGGUGAACAUCAGCUUCCGGGAGAAGAUGACCAUCCCAGACCUGUACUUCAUCAACCUGGCGGCUGCCGACCUCAUCCUGGUGGCCGACUCACUCAUCGAGGUGUUCAACCUGGAUGAGCAGUACUACGACAUCGCGGUGCUCUGCACCUUCAUGUCCCUCUUCCUGCAGAUCAACAUGUACAGCAGCGUCUUCUUCCUCACCUGGAUGAGCUUCGACAGGUACCUGGCGCUGGCCAAGGCCAUGCGCUGCAGCCUCUUCCGCACCAAGCACCACGCUCGGCUCAGCUGUGGCCUCAUCUGGAUGGCCUCAGUGUCUGCCACGCUGGUGCCCUUCACAGCCGUGCACCUGCGGCACACUGAAGAGGCCUGCUUCUGCUUUGCCGACGUCAGAGAGGUGCAGUGGCUGGAGGUCACGCUGGGCUUCAUUGUGCCCUUCGCCAUCAUCGGCCUCUGCUACUCCCUCAUCGUGCGGGCCCUCAUCCGGGCGCACAGGCACCGUGGCCUGCGCCCACGCAGGCAGAAAGCCCUGAGGAUGAUCUUCGCCGUGGUCCUUGUCUUCUUCAUCUGCUGGCUGCCGGAGAACGUGUUCAUCAGCGUCCACCUCCUGCAAUGGACACAACCAGGGGACACGCCCUGCAAGCAGUCUUUCCGUCAUGCUUACCCCUUGACAGGCCACAUCGUCAACCUUGCAGCCUUCUCCAACAGCUGCCUGAAUCCCCUCAUCUACAGCUUCCUUGGGGAGACCUUCAGGGACAAGCUCAGGCUGUACGUGGAGCAGAAGACCAGCCUGCCCGCUCUGAACCGCUUCUGCCAUGCCACGCUCAAGGCAGUCAUCCCCGACAGCACAGAGCAGUCCGAUGUCAAGUUCAGCAGUGCUGUGUGAGAGGGACCUCCCAGAGGGAGGAGGACAGGGGUAGGGGCAGGCUGGUGUCCGGAGGCAGCACACACCCAGCACAGGUGGUGGGUGAACUGAGCCAGGCCAUAUUCUCAAACCCCAGUGGCUUGGGGAACACCACACUGCUGGGUCAUCUCUGGGGCUGCUGGGAUCUUUCCUGACUAUCCAGCUCAUGGAUGCAGCGAUCCAAAUUCAAGGGUCCAGGGCAGCAGGUCAGGUGACAUUGACCGAUGUACUCAAAGGGCACCAUACAACCUGCAGCUUGGUUUUCUCUCCAUAUCCUAUGUCCCCAGAAGAUGAUUCUGCUGUUGACAAGUGACCGUCAGAAGGAUAGGCCACCCUAUGGAGCAUCACAGUUACAUUUCUGCUACAAUAAUGCUACCUGGGUGGAGGCGUCUAGAGACAGAAUAUAUGUACCAGAUCCAAACUGGCUACAUUUCCUUUGCUUGUGAUGUCUAACUGACCAUGCACACACCGUCCGUGGCAACAAAAGCUAAGGACACUGGAGCCUUCUUCUGCCUUCCAGAGGCUGCAGGGUCACCCCAGCUACCACUCAGAACUCCUGAGUGACCACCAUGUCUGAGCUGAGAAAGGCCCUUUAACCUAAUGCCCGCCUGCUCUGGGAUGCCCACCUCUCACAACGCUUGUUUACAAAGGUGUGUGCCCUUAUGUGAAGGUAAAGGAGGCUGUGGGUGCUACUGUGCAGGUCAGUGGGAUGCCACCACGAGAUGCGUGCCUCUACGGGACAACACUGGGAACA